AUGGCGGACAAAUCUCUGACGGUGUUUCUGAAGCUGUUCGCUGCUGGAUUCUACGGCCUCAGCUCGUUUGUCAUCGUCGUGGUGAACAAAAGUGUCCUCACCAACUAUGGGUUCCCCUCUUCGAUAUGUGUCGGCAUUGGACAAAUGCUGGCCACGGUGGUUGUGCUGUGGGUGGGCAAGGCUGUGAGGGUGAUCAGCUUCCCGGAUUUUGAUGAGAGCAUACCUGUCAAGACUUUCCCUCUACCUCUACUGUAUGUGGGAAAUCAAAUCACUGGCCUGUUUGGAACGAAAAGGCUGAAUCUGCCGAUGUUUACUGUCCUCAGGAGGUUCUCCAUCUUAUUCACCAUGCUGGCCGAGGGUUUUCUGCUCAAGAAGAAGUUCUCUCGGCCAGUCCAGCUGACAGUAUUUACAAUGAUCCUGGGGGCGUUUGUGGCUGCAAGUGCUGACCUGUCCUUUGACCUGCAAGGCUAUGUGUUCAUUCUUCUGAAUGAUGUGUUGACUGCAGCCAAUGGAGCAUAUGUGAAACAGAAAUUAGAUUCAAAGGAGUUGGGGAAAUAUGGAUUAUUAUAUUAUAAUGCAUUAUUUAUGCUAAUUCCCACCCUGCUGUUGGCUCAUGUGACUGGAGAUAUGGAGAAGGCAGUGGAAUACGAAGGCUGGUCAGAUGUGUUUUUCCUCACACAGUUCUUCCUCUCCUGUGUCAUGGGGUUUGUUCUGAUGUAUUCCACAGUGCUCUGUACACAGUAUAACUCUGCACUAACAACAACCAUCGUGGGCUGCGUCAAGAACAUCCUGGUGACAUACAUUGGGAUGGUGCUCAGUGGAGACUACAUUUUUUCAUGGACUAACUUCAUAGGUUUGAAUAUCAGUAUUGCAGGCAGCCUGGUCUACUCUUACAUCACGUUCACGGAGGAGCAGUCCAGUAAAUCAAGCGAAAACACCAAACUGGAGAUCAAGGGCAAGGUCGUUGUAUGACAGAGACACUGGAUUUCUUUUUAUGCUGAUGAAUAAGAGAACAGUCUAUUUUUGGUACUGCUUAUAUUUAUUGAGCAUGUCUGUGGCAGAGACUAGGAAUUCACUGGAAUAGUGUCUUGGUGAUUUCCUGUCUGUCUGUAUAUGGAGGUGGAGCCUCACAGUCCCCUGAACCUCUGAGACUCUCCUCCCGACUGCCAUGGUUAUGAAACCCUCCAGAGGGAACAUGGGCCUGAACUAAAAAGUGGGCCUUUUUUCUUUUUUUAACUUGAUUUAGUCCUGUAAAAUUGGUUGAUAUUAUGUGUAUUUUUAAUCUUUGGAUUUACUGUAUUUGUGAGUAGCGCUAAGAAGGGAGACAUGGAACCAAUAUUAUUUAUAAUACAACAUUAUCAUGGGAAUGGACAUUCCUGAUAUUCAGGUCAGCUGAACCUUUGAGGUUGAAUGUUGAGCAAAGAGUGCUUUCUGUAAACAGGAGUGAAAACUGGAUUUUUCAGUCAUUUCAAGUACAGGUGUGCUUUGCUCACUUCAGUCGCCUGCAAGUAUUAAGAAUUAUAGUAAUUUAAAGGCACAAUCCUUACCUUUUCUACACAGUAGAUCCUAUCCAAUGUGCUGUUUACACAGAAUGUAACUUUUGAAUGCCUUCUAAGCAAAGUGGGAUGAUCUGGCCCCAUCAGUAGCUGUAAUCUAUUGUUACACUCCUCUAUUAUGUUGCUUUUCAUUUUGUGUGUACGCUGUUUUAAAUAUAUUACAAACGGAUGAUGAUUACAGUUCUCUGCAACCUCAUCCUUUAAACAACCAAAGUGGGUGGGACAGUGGGCUGCCAGUUCAAAUUAAGGAUUGUGGCUUUAAAUGUAUUUGCCGUCUGUUUUUAGGGGUCUGAUCCAUAAUUAACGGUUUACAUUGUGUUCACUCAGUAUUACAGAAUGUUUGCUGUGGUUCCUAUCACAGGCUGGAACUGGUUUCUUCUCUAUGCAGAGGCAACAAGCAGUCGUUACGGUUUGUCUGUUUGUGCAACAGGAUCCACUUGUUCUUUGAGACAAUGUUAUUAUUGCACUUUCAACUGUUUCCAAGGUAGCAAUGGUAAAAGGGUGGAAAUGCUUCACCUCAAGUUACAGUCGUUGUCGAGAGAUUGAGGUUUAUGUAUUUUCAAGAAAUGUAUGUUUCAGGUUUGUUUGUUUUAUUAUUUUUUUAAGAGUUACGAUUUCAGCGCAGUUACUUUAUCCCUAAAUAGUCAGGUAUGAGUAUUGACAUUUUUACAUUUUUAUCUACAUGUUCACCCAAAGUUAUCGGAUGGGUGUGCUUUGUACCUUUUUAUAUUUAUUUUUUUGUUGAAACUAAUAUUCAUAAUGUAAGUGGAGUAAUUUGUGAAUUGUUGCUGCUGAUGUCAUUUUAAGCAAAGUAACAUGGACAGUAGAUGGAAAAGAAUAACAUGAGACAGAGGCAGAACAUAUUUUUUACAUGAAUAAAAAAAAACCAACCAUUUAA